AUGGCCACUUCCUUCAUGAGCUCCUCUUCUACCUAUGGUGGUGGCUUUGGGGGUGCUGGGGGCAGCUCUCGCCUCUCCUCAGUGCGAUCAGGAGGAGCCUACCGUGCCCCGAGCAUCCACGGAGGCUCCGGCGGCAGAGGCGUCUCCAUCUCCUCGGCCAGGUAUGUCUCCUCUUCGGGAGGAGGCUAUGGUGGUGGCAUGUGCUCAGGGUUUGGUGGUGGCUAUGGAGGAGGCUACAGCAGCUUGGGAGGUGGGGCAGCCUGUGGCUUUGGAGGGGGCGCUGGAUUUGGAGGCGGCUCAGGCUUUGGCGGAUGCUUUGACGUUGGUGGUGGCUUUGGUGGCGGCGAUGGCCUCCUCUCUGGCAACGAGAAGAUAACCAUGCAGAACCUGAACGACCGCCUGGCUUCGUACCUGGACAAGGUGCGAGCCCUGGAAGAGGCCAAUUCCGAUUUAGAAGUGAAGAUCCGAGACUGGUACCAGAAGCAAGCGCCCACCAGCCCAGCACGUGACUACAGCAACUACUACAAGAUCAUCGAAGACCUCCGAGACAAGAUCCUUGCUGCUACCAUUGACAAUUCCAGGGUGAUCCUGGAGAUCGACAACGCCAGGCUGGCUGCCGAUGACUUCAGACUCAAGUAUGAGAAUGAGCUGUUCCUGCGCCAGAGUGUGGAGUCUGACAUCAACGGCCUGCGCAGGGUCCUGGACGAGCUGACCCUGUCCAGAGCCGACCUGGAGAUGCAGAUCGAAUCCCUGAAGGAGGAGUUGGCUUAUCUGAAGAAGAACCACGAGGAGGAAAUGAAGGAGUACUCAAACCAGCUGAGCGGCACAGUCAGCGUGGAAAUGGAUGCAGCUCCUGGCAUCGACCUGACCAGGGUUCUCUCCGAGAUGAGGGAGCAGUACGAAGCUCUGGCUGAGAAGAACCGCAAGGAUGCCGAGGCCUGGUUCUUCACCCAGACUGACGAGCUGAACCGUGAAGUUGCCACCCACACGCAGCAGAUACAGACCAGCAAGUCGGAGAUCACAGAGCUGCGCCGCACGGUCCAGAGCUUGGAGAUCGAGCUCCAGUCCCAGCUCAGCAUGAAAGCUGGGCUGGAGGCCAACCUGCGGGACACGGAGGGCAGGUACUGCGCACAGCUCGCUCAGAUCCAGGCGCUCAUCACCAGCGUGGAGGAGCAGCUGGGCGAGCUGCGCUGCGACAUGGAGCGCCAGAACCAGGAGUACAAAAUGCUGAUGGACAUCAAGAGCCGCCUGGAGCAGGAGAUCGCCACGUACCGGCAGCUGCUGGAGGGGCAGGACUCCCAGUAG